CGAUCCGGGUCCACGCGCCCUGGUCCUGGGCGGUGUUCAUUGGAAGAACACAAUGGUCACUCGACAGGUCCGCGAUGCAAAGAAAAUAAGGCACACAAAGAAACAAGAGAGCGUGGGUUGGCGGAAGGGUGAAGAAACAGGACGAACACAAAAGAUUCGCAGCUUCCGGGGAGAGCAGGGCUGCGGGAGGCGCAAUGGGGUCCGGAUCUUUCCUCAAGGUGCUGGUCAGCAACCUAGAUGUUCUCGCGGGGCCCCUGGUUUCACUCGCUUAUCCUCUAUAUGCGUCUGUUCGAGCAAUAGAAACGAAAUCUUCUAUUGAUGAUCAGCAAUGGCUCACGUACUGGGUGUUGUACUCGUUUAUCACUCUAUUUGAGCUUACCUUUGCUGCAGUAAUAGAAUGGCUUCCCUUCUGGUCUUAUGGAAAGCUGUUUUUCAAUUGCUGGUUGGUCUUGCCCUACUUCAAUGGUGCUGCACAUGUUUAUGAGCAUUUUGUGCGGCCAAUGAUUGUGAACCAGCAAGUAGUAAACAUCUGGUAUAUUCCCAAGAAGGAAGAUUCUGGUCAACCUGAAGAUGUAAUCUCAGCUGCACAGAAAUACAUCAAACAAAAUGGAUCAGAAGCAUUUGAGGCUCUGGUCAACAAGUUUAAGACUUCAAAUGCAAGGCGCUCAAUUUUGGAGGAGGUAGAGGUGGAAAGGAGAGCCAGGGCUGAACGAGAAUUUGAAGCGAGGGAUGUGAAUCCAUUCUUCCACCCAAAUUACUGAUUACUGAAAGCUCCUCUGUUCAGACAUCAGCUGAGCAGAGUGUAUGUUAGCCUGAUGAACUGCUAGUUCCUUCUAGCUUAUAGUAUUGAGUUUAUUGUGGUGCUUCGUCUUCAUUGUCUUUCAUGUAAAAUUGGUCAGACCAAUUUGUGGGCACAAGUCUAGAGGGCCAUAUUUAGAUUUAAUACUGUUACGUAGCUGAACAAUUAUGAGAUGUAUAUAUGAUCUGGCUUUGGAUGGUUGUUA